AUGGUAACAAAAUUGGAUGAUCUCUCUGUCGAAUUAUUCUAUGAGAUAUUUAUUUAUUUCCAGUUCCAUGAAAUAUUCAAUAUUUUUUCUAAUCUCAAUCCUCGUUUUACUGUAAUCUUUAGCAAUAUACCAUUUAUUCGCGCUAACUUAGGUUUGAAUGGUAUGAGUAUCGCUGUCACCGAAUUUUAUUAUGCACAUUUAUUACAAGCAAAUGUAUGCGAUCGACUUAUUUCAUUGUGUGUCUCACAUACAUUAGCUAUUGAUAAUGGUUUAUGGUUAGCAUCUAAUUUAUCUGCAUUUAUCAAUCUUCGUCAUUUAUCUUUAAUCGAUAUUAAACGUUCUUGUUUUGAAUUAAUGCUCAAUACAUCUACACCUAGCACAUCUCUCGUUAUAUUUAACGUACAUUAUACAGAAUACUAUCAAGCUGCAUAUACAUUUACAGCUGUACCUGAGGGUGCAUAUUAUAAAAGAAUCUUUCGUUUAUUUCCUUUAUUACGUGUAUGUCGCCUUCGAUUCUGGCGGCAUAUAUACAACACUCUAGACACUCAAAUAGUUCUACCGCUUAAUAAAACUUUUAUACCGAUUGAAACAAAUCAUUUACACUUACAAUCACUUGUACUUCGAGAAUGUUCACCAACUUUUCUCUCACAUUCACUUGAAUAUUAUCCACAAUUGGAAGAACUCAGCUUUGAUCUAAGCACUCCUUGA